AUGGCACAAGGAAGCUUGAAGAAGAUCGCCAAACCAAAGCAAAAAGGUGGCAGAGAAAAGAAGGGCAUCACAAAAAAAGGAGCCAGAAAAGUUGCACCAAAGAAGGCUUCAGUGAUAAAGCAACGCUCUUUAGAUAAAAAAUUAACAGCAGAGAUCAAUAGGAAGAUUGAAAAGCAAAUGUCAGUAAAAGCCAACGCUGUUGGUAAAUUGACCAUCAUGAAAAAGUUAGCCGAAGAUACCUCUGCAGAAGAAAAGAAAAAGAAAAAGAAAUAA